AUGGAGAAUCGUCGCGCGGCCACCGCCUCAACCCGUGGCGCGGCGGAGGCUGGAGCUCGGUUGAAUUCUUCCGAAUUCCCGACGCUUGACUGGUUUGGACCCUCCGCGGCCACGGCUCACGAUGAUCACGACCCCCCUCGACCGGCCUUGUCUUCCUCGCCGUUGUCAUCUGCCCUCACCGCAACGGUCCCUUUCCCCCUCAUCAACUGCACCGCAACUGCGCCGCUUGAUCGCCGAACUAGAAGUGAGCCCUGUAUACCCGGCAUCAUCAGCGCGUCUACGUCCCCCCCUGGUUCCAAGGCAUCGUUUGUGCGUGGGCAUCGUCGCCGCUCCACCCACGUUACUCGUCGUGACCUUGAGAAAUUCAGAAAGGACGUGCUGGGCUUGGAGACCUCGGGUUUCGGAUUCGACGACGACCAUAAACUUCCCCCGCCCGAUCCUGCCUUAGACCCGGAGUUCAAGGCAUUAAACAACGCUUUCGAGGCCGCAAGCAUGUCGUUGAACAGUGGGGGUAUGGCUGGUAGUAGCCCUGGAUCGGCCAUGUUUGCCAGCUACGGGGAUAACUCGGGCGGUGCCUCGAGCAUGAACAACGUUCCCCGCCAGUCUAUGUCCCCUGCGAUGCCUCACACGCCUGCCCAGGUUAACGGCGGCGGAAUGCCUGGUAUGAACGGCGGAGUGCCUAUGAACGCGGGGCAUCAGAUGGACCUUCACCACCUUUACGAUAUGGUUCUUGAAUUGAGCGAUGUGUUGAAGAACAACCGUGAAAUGACGAAGAGCAUUGCGACUAGUGCGGAGGAGAUUAUGAAACGAUCUUCUACCGAGGGAACCAGCCCGAAUCUGCAGCAGGUCAACGGCGAAAUCACUGGCGCCCGAAUUGCCGAGCUCGAGCGUGCCAUCGCCAAGGAACGACGUCUUACUGAGAUCCUCAAAACCGAGCAGGCCGAAAACGCAAAGUUGAUCGGUGAAUAUGAAGCGACACUUGGCACCAUGGUGGAGCAAAUCCGCAACUACUGCCAAAACAACAACAUGCACUAUCUGUCUCAGAAACGCCACUACAACAACCUACUACAAGCGGAGCGUGACUCCCACCUGGAGAGCCGCUUGGACCGAGACUACUGGCAUGCGCAGACGAUGAAAUGUGCCGAGAUGAUCCGCACGGCGUACCGUCUCCGCUCGGAGGAAGAAGAGCUUCCGAUUCGCAUCGUUGCGGGCCUCCAGAACGAGGUGCGGGCAUACCGCAAUGCCCUUGGCAUGGAGCCUGAGAGGCCGGAGGACGAGUACGGAUGGGAGAUUCUGAAGGAUAUCCCAGGCAGUGCCGAAUAA